AUGGCACUAACAACGUCCCCGUCUCAUCCUAUUCCCUCUUUCUCAGCCCAUUUCCCCAUUUUCUACCGUUUCCCACCUUUUUCCCCCUUCCCCCUCCCCCCCUCUUCUCUCCUUCCCGCCGCCUCCCCUCAACCGCACAUUUUCCCCUCGUUCCCCCCUUUCCCCCCCCCCCUCCGCUUUCGUGUUCAGGCGGUAGAGGACUGGCCGUCCGCCGUGGAGGACCAGCUAUCGGGCAUCCAGGACGUGUGGAAGGAGCCGCGGUUUGACACGCUGCCGCACGUGGUGGCGGUGCUGACGUCAGGGUAUCCUCAAGAUGACAUGGCGAGCCUGGCGAAGCUGAGAGACACCAUCGAGGUGCUCGUGGACGACGUCGUGCAGGCGUAUCAUCAGGGCUUUAACAAGGCCAUUCACAACUACUCGCAGAUUCUGAAGCUGUUCAGCGAGUCAGCGGAGCAGAUGAGCGAGCUCAAGGCGAGUCUGGCGGAGGCGAGGCGGCUGCUGAGCAACCGGCACAAGCAGCUGCAGCAGCUGUGGUGCCGAUCAAUCACGCUGCGCCACGUCAUCUCCCUUAUCGACCAGAUCGACAGCGUCUCCAAGGUGCCAGCGCGCAUAGAACAGCUGGUGGCGGAGGGGCAGCUGUAUGCUGCCGUGCAGAUUCACCUGCAGUCCAUCUCCACGCUCGACAGAGAGGGCAUCUCCCAGAUCGGAGCGCUGAGGGACAUUCGCAACGAGCUGGCGAACACGAAGCUGCUGCUGUUCAACCGCGUGAUAGAGGAGCUGCACGCGCACCUGUACAACAAGGGGGAGCACAGUUUGAAGAAGGAAGCUGCAACGGACGACGAUGAUGACAUCAGCAACCUCGUGCCUGUAACCGUGCCGCCCGCCGCCCCGCUACAUCCGUCCCUUGCCGCCCAGGGCAUCUCUCUGCCCGCCCCUUCCAAGCCCUCCCGCACCCGCGGCCGCAGCGCCAGGGCCCGCGGGGGGCUGAACGUGGAAACUGGGAGCGCGGUGAGCGAGGAUGAUGACGGCACGGUGGGCUCGCCCACGCGCAGUGAGGCGUCGGGCACGUCCGCGCCGGGGGGAGAGAUGGUGGUUAGGCGCGCGCACGUUCCCCCGCCCAAGUGGCUCACUGAAGCCACGUCCAACGAGUUUGUGGAGUCGUUGACCAAGAGGGAGGCCCCAGAGCACGACAAGUACAUGCAGACGCUGGUGGAGUGCAUCGCUCUGCUGGGCAAGGUGGCGGCUGCUGGUGCUGUGCUCAGUCAGCGUGUGCGGGGGUCGGUGCGCGAGAUCAUCCUUCAUGAGAUCAAGGACUGUGCAGCUGCAGCAGAUGCAGCGCGUCCCCGAGUGGAGCAGGUGAGCAAGCGCUCACAGGCGGCCACCACUCCCCACUCAGCCGCCUCCACGCCCUCCUCCCACUCCACCGCCUCCUACUCCUCCACCUCCCGCGCCUCCUCCUACUCCUCCUACCCUCUCCGCUCCUCCAACCCCCGCGGCGGAGCAGUGGUGGUGGCGGGAGGGGGAGGCGCGGGCGGAGGGGCGGGGGGAGGGGCAGGGGCGGGGCUGCAUGCUCCGAACGGGGUGGCGCAGGUGGUGGCCCAGGAGCUGCUGGAGUCGAUUAUGAAGAAACUCACCAUCAUUCUAGAGAACCAUAUUGUGGUGGGGGAUCUCAUGGAGGCGAAGGCAUCGGACCGCUCGGGGGACGUGCGGCGCACGCCGGAUGGGGACGAGGCGGUCAGCAAGUUCAGCGCCAGCACGGGCGGCUACAGCGUCGCUUUCGUCUGGUCCUGUAUGCAGAGCGAGUGCCAGCAGUUGCUGUGCGACAUUCUCAGGGCCAAUCCAGACGGCGGCUCUUCUGAGACGUCAGGGCGCACCGCCCAGCUCAAACUCGACUCCGGCGGCACCAAGGGAGCCAUGCUCACCUUCAGCUUCCGAUUCACCGACGCCAACACCACCUCCGCUCCUGCUGCAGAGGCGCUGCCAAAGAGGCGGGUGGGGGGCAUGGCGGGGGGAGCGGGCGCACUGGAGGGGUACGGCACGGCCCAGCUGCUGCCAGAGCGAGGCAUCUACCUCACCUCCGCCUGCUACCGCCCCACGCUGCAGUUCACAGAGAAGGUUACUCAAAUGCUGCCACGCAAAUACUCCGACCUAGGCCGCUCUGGCCUGCGCCCCUUUAUGGACAGCUUCGUUAAGGACCAGUUCCUGCCCUGUGUGCGCGACGACUACCGCAACCGCGUCGCUGAGGCUCUCUCCAGCCCGUCUGCCUUCCGCCCGCGAGCCAAGACCAUCGGCAUGUACGAGCCAGCAGCCGAAAAGGGCCGCCCGCUGCUGCAGGGGCCGGUGGCGGUGGAGGGGGUGGUGGAGGAGGUGGUGGAGUGGGCCAAGGCCAUGCCCGUGUAUGCUGGGGAGUUCGUAGCCCUUGUGCACACCCUGCUUGACCGCACACUCGAGCGCUGCCGAGGAGUCUACACUGAGGCUGUGCUCGGCUCUCUCAGCAGCAACCUGGUGGGCCGCCCGGAUAUCGACAACCUCAUGCAGCAGCAGGCGGCAGCCAAGCUGCUAGCGGACGGCGAUCUGCCGCCCGCUGAGCUGGAGGCCGCCCGGGAGGACCCGCCUCUGGACAGCGAGGCGUACGAGCUGGACCUCGAGAUCUACGGCAAGCUGCUGGCUUUAAGGCCUAUUAAGGAGGAGCAACUGAUUCUGGACACCGGCAAGCUGGUGCUGCUGGCCGCUCUCAGUGACACACUUGAGUACUUUGCCGAUGCCAUCCUGCGGCUGGGUCGCCCCAAGACAGCAGGCAGUGCAAGGAAGAAGACGGCAGCGGCAUCAGCGAGACAGCAGCGGGCGCCGGCGCUGACAGCUUCACUGCAGCAGCUGGCGGAGCGCUACCGGCUGCUGGCGAGGGAGGCUCUCAGGACACUGCGAGUGGAGAUGCAGCUGCAUUGUAUCUUCCACCUGCAGUUCAUGCCGACGCGGGGGUACGUGAACGAGAUCGAUGCAGAGGAGCCAGAGGACUUCAUCGUGGCUCUCACCGCCCAGCUCACCCGAGUGGACGAGGAAAUGACGGUCUUCAUCGCGCCUGCCCGCCGCUACUACGUCUUUGGGGGCGUCUGCAGCCUUGCUGCCACAGGCCUUAUCCGGGCUCUGGCGGAGCUGCCAGGGAUCAACUCGCUGGGAGUGCGGCAGGUGCAGCGCAACUGCAUCGCACUGCAACAGACCCUGGCAACACUCAACGCGAAUGGCAGUCAGAGUGUGCAGCUGAGUCUGGACCGCGUGGGCGAGUACUAUGAGCUGCUCAACCGGCCAUAUGAGGCUCUGCUGGCAUACAUCAAGGACCACAACCGCUACUUCUCCGUCGAUGAGUACCUCACCCUGAUCAAGCGCACGGGCAAGUUUUUACUCCAAGCUACUGCCUUUACCCGAUUUCUACGACCCGAUUCCCAUCCUCCCGUCACGCCCUUUUGUUUCCCUCUCCCCGACCCCGCCAUCACGGGCGCGCAUCUCCUCCCCCGUUUCCUCGUCCGCCAACCCCCCAGCCCCCUCUGCAGCCCUCUGCUUCCGCCCGCGCACGGUUCCCCUUCCCCCCCGACUUCCGCCUCCCCGCCCCGCCCUUCCUCUUUUCCUGCAUCUGCGCAAGCCGCCACGCUGGAGGCGGAGAGGCUGAUCGGAGGGGAGGGGGAAGCGGGGGAAGGGUUAAUUGGGAAAAAAGAGGGGGAACCGGGAGAAGGAGCGGGGGCUUAUGCGGAAGUUGCUGGCGGCGAGGAAAGGGGGGAUGGGAAAGGCGGAAGGGAAAGGUCUGGGGACGGUAUGGAUGGCGACCGCGCGAGCGGGGAGCGGGAGCCCUUGACGGGAGGGGGAAACGGGGAAGAUGGGAGAGAGGGGGAAGAGGGAGUGGCGGAGGCUAUGGGGGGAGGGGCGCAAGCGAGCAAUCCAAAUAUAGGGGUUUCCAUGGAAAGCGUUAGCGUGAGUGAGAGCACUGAGGUGGAGAGAGAAAAGAGGGACGAGAUGAGCCCGAUGGAAGGAGGGAUGGGGCAAGCAGGCACGGAAGUAGCUGCAGCAGCUGCUGCUGAUUCUGCUGCAGCAAGGGCAGCAGAAGGGGCGCGAGACGGGACAGGAGAAGGGGCAGGAGAUUCGGGUAAAGGAGUGAGUGGAGGGGGAGAAGAAGCACCAGGGACGACUGGAGAAGAGCAGUCAAAAGCCUCACCGCAAGCAGACCCCUCGCUCACACCCGCAGCAGCAGCAGAGGGAGCAGGAGCAGCAGGAUCAGCAGCAGCCGGAGCAAGAGCAGGAGCGAGAGGAACAACAACAGCGGAUGGAGGGCGCACGUGGGGCGGGGGAAUCCGCGCCAACACCACCCCCUACUGGCGCUUCGUGCAGAUCCUCUCCGCGGUGGGCGCGGGGGUGAUAUUCAUCCCCGCGCUCGUCUUCACAGUCAUUAUAUUCAUCCGCAGCCUCUUCCUGCAGGCCUGGUACCACCUCUGCUACUCUGGCGCCGUGCGCCGGCGAAAUCGGCGAGUGGUAACCCCAUCGUGCCUGUCCGUGCUGCCUUCGCCGUGCAUGCGGGGGACUCUGGAUCUGGAGCAGCGAUUGGAGGUGGUCUCGUGGGAGGGCGGGCGGGUGGUGACGUGGCGCAAGUCGGACGAGGCGGCGAGAGGAAGUGGUGGUGCCGCUGCUGAUUCUGCUGCUGGUGAUGGUGACAGUGAUGGUGGUGCUGGUGCUGGUGCUGCCGGUGUGAGUGCUGGAAGUUCGAGCAGCGAACCGCUGCGAGGAGAGAAGGCGAGCGAGGGCGGGGAAGGAGAGGUUCGGAUCGACGUGGGCGGAGGCUCGGGAGCCGAGCCUGCGGGAGGGCGCGGAAGCGGCAGAGGAGGCGCGGGCGCGGGCGGAGCAGGCGGAGGGGAGGGCGGAGGGGACAACUCAGUAGCGGGGAUAGAGAUCCGGCCCGCGUCCCCCAUGGCGUGCGUGGCGGAGAACAGCUACCAGCGCGGCAUCCCGCGGCGGCUGUCCCUGAGCUUCGUGCACGCGUGGACGUUCACGUACACACACGUGGUGAACCGCACGGCUGUUAUGAAUGAGGAUACGCUGCUGGAGCUGGUCAGGCGGCGGCCUGCUGGGACUCCGUUGAUCACCAUCAGCAACCACAUGUCCACGUGCGUGGGGUGUGAGCUUUUGGGGCUGGACGACCCGCUCCUAUGGAACCAGUGGCGCCUGCGCUUCUCCGACCCGCAUAAGUGCCGCUGGACGCUCACAGCACGCGACAUCUGCUUCACACACCCCUUCACCGCCUACCUCUUCCGCCUGGCCAAGUGCAUCCCCAUCGACCGCUAUGGUGGCAUCUACCAGCCCGGCAUGACGGAGGCCGUUCAGCGACUCAGUGCGGGCGGAUGGCUGCACAUCUUCCCAGAGGGGCGCAUCACCCAGGAGCACGUGGCAUUGGCACGCCUCAAGUGGGGGCUCGCAUCGGUCAUCGACCGCUGCACCUCCCCUGUCCCCCCUAUCAUCCUCUGUGUGGCACACAGCGGCUUUGAGAAUGUCAUGCCUGAGCCACGUCCAUUCGGUCACAGGGCCAUAGCGCCCCUGUGGGGGCAGCGCAUAGCAGUGGUGGUGAUGCUUGAGCCGUGUGCGUUCGGCCACAAGGCCAUAGCGCCACUGUGGGGGCAGCGCAUAGCGGUGGUGGUGGGGGAGCCCUUCUGCUUCCACGCACUUACACACCCUCACAUGCUCCGUCACUCCCUCCCACUCUCAGGUCAUGCCUGA